UUAAAGCAUAACUGAUAUCCUAUACUGCCUUAAGAUAUUCUAUGAUUAGUCUAUAUUAUAUUUAAUGUAAUCAAUGUUGCUUUAUUUCGUUUUCGUGAAUUUAAACACAUCUUCUACAAGCGAACUACUUUCGGCGGAUGGACUCGUGUCAUUAGCACCCCCAAAAAUAGAUCCCAAUCAAAGAUGGCGGGCAGUGUCAAGAAUAUUUGUGGGUAAACUGAGGUGUGAGUAAGAAGAAAAUGGCCAUGGCAGCUAAGCCUUUAAACAAGAACUUCAAUAGGAACGGGAUGCGAACCAACGGGGUGGUGAUACCGGACACUCUGGUCGCACCUCGGGCCAGCCAACCAGUUCCCAACCACCUUCUGGAUACCACUGUCAUCCACUUUGCAGGCUUUGAGCUGAACAAGACACAGAAACAGAUCAUGAGAGUCGCUAACGUGUCUGGUGACAUCCAGAGGAUGCACAUCCUCCCCCCGGCCACCUCCUACUUCAAACUGCACUACACAAAGCCUGAUCGCCUGGUCCCCGGGCUGACCAUGGAUGUACAGGUGGAGUUCACUCCUGAUGAGUGGAGGUACUACUACGACUGUAUCAGGAUCCACUGCAAGGAUGAUGAGAACCUGCUGAUCCCCAUCCAUGCCUACCCUGUGAUGAACACAGCAGACUUCCCUUCACAGGUCACCUUCCCACCAACACCCAUCGGACAGAUUCGUGUGAAGAAGAUCCCCCUGAGGUGUAACGCACCCAUCGACUUCGAGUUCCAGAUCUCCUUCAUCCAGCCCCACCCAGCUUUCAAGGUCGAACCGCAAACAGGCACAGUCCCAGCCAAUGGGGAAGCUGUAAUCACGGUGACGUUCUCCCCGUCGGAGUUCAUCACAGCGAACAUGAAGAUCCAGGUGACAGUGUCCCAGUUCAACUCCAAACCUCUGCUGUGCAGCUUCGUGGGCACCUCUCAGCCUGGGCUGUCCGCAAAGACCAUGAUGAACGGCCAUGGUGCUGAUGACAGUGAUGACAUGAUCAAGGCAGGAGAACCGCUGGACCCACACUGCAUCUCUCCCAUCCACAUGGCGCGCAGGAAGAAACGCAACAAGACACGAGAGAGGACGCGAUCGGGGGGAGCCACCGCACAGCCGCCACAGGACAUUGAGUAUGAAGGCCUGAGAUUUCCCCCCAACCUGAACACCCCGUACGCUGUCUCCAGUGUUCUGAACCAGACUCCCGGCAAACUCAGGACUAAGGACCUGAGGGAAGCCAUCACCUCUAAGAAGGACCUGGCCCCCAACACCAGACAGAUGAAGGAGGCCCUGUUUGAGUACCAGGUACAGCAGGACGUCAUGGCCGAGAGGAAAAACCAGCUCAGAUGGCAAGUCCAUCCAGGCAAGGACCAGCUGACAGCAACAGAGAGGAUGGAGAUUCUGGCCAAUAGGGAGGAGGCUGUGAAAGAGUAUAGGUUUCAGAGAGGCGACCCUUUACCAGACAUAGAGUUCAACAGAGCCUGCACGGCAUGUUCGUUACGGCGAACAUGGAGGGUAGCUGGAGAGUACCCAGAAGUGUCGCCCCAGUUUGACCUGUAUAAGAAUGACCCCUGGGCCAUGAGACACCAGGCGCUCGGCAGGUUUGCACAGGCUGCUAGAAAGGUUAUUGUUAGGCAAAGAGUACAUAAAAAGUUAGGUUCUUUGAAGACGUUUAUUACGGACUGGCGAAAGGGAAAGUACGCUGUGCAGGAAGUCACUGAUGUCAAGUUCAAGGGCGAGGAUGAUGAGAUAAAGAUUCCGCUGGAGAUGACCGCACCGCAAGUGAAAGUGGAGUCUUUCCCGUCAUACGUUCCCCCUGAUGUCAAGGAUGAUAUGGCUCCAGAUGCACUUGGUCCUGUUCCCGCCAAAAAUGAUGAUGUUUUUGUCAAGAGGAAAGUGCCAUACUUCAGUCUGAAGGUUCCAAAGCAGUAUGAUCUGAUGGGAUACAGCCAGCACGGCGUGCACGACUCGUCCAGGGGUUACGUCACGCCCAGACUGGCCCGGCCGCUCAGGACGGGAGCCGAGGACGAGAUCAUCGUCCUGCCGCCCCCCCUAGUGGAGGAGGAGGAAACUGCAGGGGCAGAGGGCGAGGAGGAGCUUGUAGAAGACAGGAUGUCCAGAAUAGAACUGCGGGAGGAGACCGACAGGCCUGCCGGGCCCAGCACCAUGACUCUGGUGCCACCUGAAGCCUUGUUCCACCCUCCUGACUACCACCCACUGCAUAUCUUUAACCCAGCACCUGGUCUGCAGGUGUUCAUGGCUCCCAUGCCGUACGCGGAGACGGACCCAGACUUCCACCUGUGUCCGCUGCCCAGGUACACGGUACCCAAGGACUCCCCCUACUGGACACAGCACCUCGCUACACAGAAGAAGUUCUUAGACAGAGAGGAUGUAAUCAAAGGCAUCAUGUCGUGGAAGAAGUUCCCAUCCCAAGGGCUGAUGUCCCUGGCCAACACCCCCACCCUCACUAAUGUCUGGGUACCCAGAUGGUCGGACCCGUUCAGUUCAGACCUGCUGCCAGAUGAGCCCCCACCCCUGCUGAACAGUCUCCCUGAGGAGGACAGACAGGCCAUCGAGGUGGCAGCUGCGGAGGAGGAGGGAGCCACAGGACCUGAGCUGACCCCAGAGAUGGUGAACGCUCAGUUCAGCACCAGUCUGGAACAGAUCCCAGAGGAACCUGCCAAACUGGAAGGGUCUGAGUUCCCCCAUGCAGGAAAACUGCCCUCUACAAACAACCCAGUAUCAGCUGCAGGCCCUAUCACCAGGGAACAGCGUGAGCAGGAGUUAGAGCUGUAUCUCCAGCAGAGGUACAACAGGCUGGGCUCGCGGGUUCAGACCAAGGUGGACGACAUGGAGCGCCUGGUCACCAACAAGGACCUACUGCUGAAAUAGAGCAGCUACUUCUUCUGUACACCCCAAGACAAUCAAGUUCACAUCUCACAUCCUGUUACAAAAUAUUCCCAAAGUCUUUUGUCUGCCCCCCUCCCCCACUCAUGCACCUGUCUGCUGUUAUUGUUCAGGUCAAUAUAUAGAUAAAUCUCAUUAUAGAUCAUAUUGUCAUUUUCAAUAAAAUACAAAAUUUUCAAUGAAUACUACAUAGGGAGUCCCUUAUGACUGUUAAAAAUGUUUAGGACUCUACAGGAAUACUGUGACUAUACUGUAAGUGCUUAGUUGGUCUGAACUACAGUAUCAAAGCUUCACAUAGCUCUAUGGAAAUACAGUUCAAUGUGUUGGCACGAUGCAUUAGAAGUGUCUAAUCUGCUGCAGGUAGACCAUGAUUAAUUAACUGUUUCAUUGCUUUAAAAGAAAACUGACUUCUUAAAAAAGAAGACCUACUAUCAGACAUGUACAAAUGUAGACACAGUCUGAAGCUUCAAGCUGUUUCCUCUGCAGAUGGGGUAUCUAUACCUUUAGAGUUGUUUUAUUGAAAGUCCUUUAUAUGGGUGAAUUCUUCUUGUCAAUAAGUAUUGGUGAGAAGUCAUUGCUUGAAGUGCUUGGCACACAUGCUGAAACAUACAAACACAGACGGUUGGUGAAUUUCACUCGCACAUGUGCACCCUUAUGGUUAAGGUACCUUUCCCUGUCAACCCAUGUUCAAAAUGGUGCAUCAAGAGUUAUAAAAACACAGUUUUAACAGUGUGAAGGAUAAGUUAUUUCUUCAGAAUGUAGAUUGUGGGCCAAUAUUAUCAUGUUAUCCAUGUUAUCUGUUGUCUUAUGUCUAAAUUGCAUACUUUCUUUACAUAUUUGAACUUUGUACACCUUAUAUGAUUAUAUGAAUAGUUUUUCAUUGCACAGUGUUUUUAAAUGAGCUCAUGUUGAGUGAUCUUGUGUGAUGCUGUAGAAAUAAAUUUAAAAGUGUAAAGUUAAGAUAAAUGAUGAAAUAUGUGUGUAAAGACUUGGCUUUAUCAACUGUACAAUGUUGGCUUCCACUGGGGAAUUUUGUACAUACUGCUGUAGAUAACAAAAAGAGCUAUUGUCUUCUCGAAACUUUCUAAAAUAAAAUUUUCUACACAGUUAAA